AUGAAGGACGCCCUCCGCCCCCUAGUCGACGCGGGGGUCGCGGGCGCCCGAGAGCUGGCCCGCGCGGGCCUGCACGCUGGAGCGUCGUGGGCCCUUCUCCCGAGCUGCCCAUCGGUGCCGCCGUGCCCGCUCUGCCCGGCCGCGCCGCCGUGCCCCGCCUGCUGCCCGGGGUGCCACUGCGCCUGUGGCAAGGCGCCUGACGGGCCCGGGGCGCCGGGCGGCGGAGGGGGCGAGCCCGCCUGGGUGGGUCCCCCCGAGGCCGUGCCGCCGUGCGACGCGCUGGCGGCCGCGGUGCGUGAGGUGGCGGAGCGGGGCACGUUCUGCCACGACGCCAGCUGGCUCUGCGUGGCGGCGCUGGUGCUGGGGCUCGUGCUCGGCAGCCUCCUGACGCGGGCCUGGUUGGCGGGCUCCGAGAGCGAUGGCGCUGGUGGAGCUGCGCGGCUGAUCCCGGGAUGCCGGGUGAUGGUCCGCUACGCCGAGGACGACCUCUGGCACGAGCGGAUCCUUCUGUACCCGGCCGCCUCGGACGUUGAGGGCGGGGCGUGCUGGGUCGUCCUGACCCCGGACGGGGACGUGUACAUCGAGGAGCUGGAGGGCGGCUCGCCGGACGACAGCCCCGUGGAGUGGCAGCUCGUGGCGCGAGACCUGCGGCUGCCGCCAGGACUAGGCCGGUCCUACCGCUUCGGGGAGGACCAGCCCGGCGAGCUGCGGGCCCUGUAUCGCCGGGCGUACGCGGCCUCGACGGCCGACGCUCGGAGUCGCGGGCUGCAGCUGGCGGUGCCCCAGGUGAUCCGCUCCCAGCAGGGUCGCGACGUGUCGGUGGAGGACGAGCUCGGCCGCAACUUCUUCGGCGGGCGGCGCGUGACUGGCAAGCAGGGAGUGCCUGCCGCUGGGGACGCGCUGGCGGCCGGGGCGGGCGCGCCUGGCGACCAGGUGGAGGACGGCGGCGACGCCCUUGCCGUUCCCGCGGUGCCCAACUCCGUGGGCGGCACCGUGACCCCUCCUCCGCCUGGGCACUUCUGGCGUGCCGCGGAGCCCGACAGCUCGCGGCCGAUCGAGGUCGGCGAUUGGGUCGGAACUCCGAGUCUGGCCUUGCACGAUCGCGGGCUGUUCGAGGUGGCGCCUGGGCGGGCCAUCGUGGUGCACCUCACCGCCCUGGACAAGGACGCCUUCGCGGCCUCCCUCAGGCCCGCUGCCUCCGUCGGCGACGCCCCCGGCGGCGGCGCGGCCGCGACGGGCGACGCCCGCGCCCUCCCUGUGAGGACGGGGCCGCGCGGUCGGGGGCGCGAGUGGCGCGACGUGGUGGACUCGUCGACUUCGCGGCGCCUCGACUUCCUUCGGGGGCGCCGCACCCCGACGGACCACCACCUGAUGUUCAAGACGACGGCCCGCCUCCAGAUGGAGCAAUGGGGUGUCCAGGAGCAUGAGCAGCUCAUGAAGUACUUCGAGCUGGCCGGCAGCUACGACCAGCUCGACCUCAGCAACUGCGCCUUCGCGGAGGCGAUCCUCCGCCGUGCGCAGACCAUCGAGUGGGCUUAUCACGAUCGGCUCCGAGAGGCGGACUCCGCGAGCUCGAAGGACAAGAUGAGCCCUGAGGAGUUCUCGGCUCUCAGCGGCUUCAGCAAGGCGGGCGACCUCCUCAUGGUGGCCCCGCAGUUGCUGGAGCACGUCAAGGCGCAGGUCGAGAAGGACGCCGCCAUCAUGAAGAACAUUCGGAAAGCCACAGAAGAACGUGAACUCCGCCGCAAGGGCCCCAAGGCAGGGGACGGCGGCGGAGGCAACCAGGCGCCCUCAGAGGGCGCGGUGUGCCGCAGCGUGCGGCGGCGGCUGCUUCGGCGUGACGCCGUCGUGCAGGAGUGCAACCGCGUCGUCGGGGCCUUGAACGACCUGGCCGGGAGGCCCCAGGCGCCAAGCGCCCCGGGCCUGGCGGAGCGGCUUCUCCAUCGGCUGGUGCACGAGCGCGUCCGCCGCGCCGCAGUCGAGCUGGGCCCGCCGCCACCCGACCUCACCCCCGCGGGGGCCCUCAGAGAGCUCCGCGGCGCCAGCGUGUGCGAAGAUCUCGACUCGCCGGUGGUCAGCUUCGACGAUUCCCUUGUCUCGCUGCCGGAGGCCGGCAACAUCCCUGUGCCGCUCGGGCAGCUGCCCCAGGACGUGGGCGAUUUCGAUGUCGAGGCCUCAAUGCACGAGCAGCUUCUUCGAACUGAGGAGGCAGAAUCUAAUCUUCUGGCAGCCCCGAGGCAGCCAUACAUGGACACGAUUUUGAGAGGUGAACCGCGGGUCUAUUCCCGCUUGGUCAAGCGGCUCGCCGACGCUGGGAUGGUGACCUACACGGACACGCCCCGCGAGAGGUGCGGCCUGUUCUUCGUCUGUAAGAAGUCUGGCAAGCAGCGCAUGGUGGUCGAUUGCCGUCGGGCCAACUGUUGGUUCCAACGGCCAGCCGCUGUUGCUCUUGCCACCGCUUCGUCUCUGGGCGAGCUGGCCGUGCCUGAGGGCAAGGAGCUCUACGUCGGGCACGUGGACAUCUGCGACGCUUUUUACCGCUUCGGCCUGCCCGAGGCUUUCCGGGGCUACUUCGCCCUGCCGUCCGUGAAGGCCGGGGGCGUGGGGAUGGUGCGGCUCCGUGAGCGGCCGCUACAGCCUGGGAGCCGCGUCUGGCCGGUGCUGGCCGUGCUCCCGAUGGGCUGGUCGCACGCUUUGUAUUGGUGCCAGACCGUCCACCGUUCCAUUGUCAGCUCGAUUCCCGAGCUGAGUUAUGUGCCGUUCAUCGCGGACAAGAGCGUAGUGCCGGGGCUGCAGCCGCUGGCAAUGACUGUAUGCGUUGACAACCUUUUGGCUUUGGGCACCGACCCCGAGUCGGCGCGGCGUGCCGUCGCCUUAGUCAACGCGGCCUUGACACAGAAGGGUCUCCCCACUCACGAGGUGUGCAUGUGCGAUCACAAUGCCGACAUUCUUGUCUGGGAGAUCCGGGGCAGAGAGUGCGAGAUUCGACCCGAGAGAUCAAGGCUGUGGCGACUUCGGCUGGCUCUCGACUGUCUGGUCAGUCGCAGUGCCGUGGGCCCGAGAGACGUCGACAAAGUGUUGGGCCAUUGCACGUUUGUCGCCUUACUAUGUCGUGAGCAUUUGACCAUCUUCAAUUCCGUGUACUCGUUCGUGCGGAGGCUGCGCCACUGUACCGCUGUACCCCUCUGGGAGUCAGUUCGCUGGGAGCUGAACACAUUCUCGAGCCUUCUGGGGAUGAUCUCGCGAAGUAUGUUGGUUGACUGGAGUCCGACGGUGAUGUGCAGUGACGCGUCGUUCUGGGGCUUCGGGCUGGUCAGCAAGGGCUUCAAAGAGGACCUCGUGGGCUCCGUGGGCAGUUUCUCGGAGAGGUGGCGUUUCCUGGAGGGCAGCGAUGUGCAGUCGAGGGCUUGGGCUGGAGUUGGCGAGGGGCCUCUCGAGAGCUCCAGGGAUUUCCAGGACAUCGUGGGCUCGGAGGAGGCCUGCAUCAACGCUCGCCAGUCGGCCGUCAGUCGCCUGCCUGCUGAGUUUCGGGAAAAGGGUUGGGCUGUCGUGGGCUCGCACAAGUGGGGGGGCCCGCCCGACAACAUCGUUGAGGGUGAGGCCCGGGCGCUGGCGUUCGGGUCGCUGCCCACGUCGUGGCAACAGGCCUCCGCCUCGCCGCCCGAUGGCUGCCCAGCAAGUGGAACUACGCGGACGGUCCGUCGCGAGGCUUCCGGCAUGCUGGAUAUGCCCGAGCAGGAGGCGGUGGCGCUGACGCGGCGGCGACCUCGGACGGAGGCGGUCGAUGCCAUGGAGCUGCCGCGGACGCGGGCUCUGACGAGCCCGCCCGCGGCGACGGCGCCCCGCCUCCGCCGCCUGCUGGACGAGGUGGGCCCCGCGGGCCCGGAUGGCUCCCUGCCGCCCUUGGACUCGACGAACCUGGCGACCUCGCAGGCCGUGAAGCGGAGGAAGUUGGCUCGGCGGCUUGCGAAGCUCACCGAGGAGGGCUCGCGGGAUAUGUUGAGGAGGAGCACUGUGCGCACUCUGACCGCCAGGACCCGCUACCAGCAGCUCGACGACGAGUUCGACGAGUGGAUGGACGAGCAGGGCCUUCCGCGCCGGCCGCGCUUCUCGGUCGACCACGGGGAGGUGGGGCCGCUCUCGGACGCGGACGUCAAGAGGAUCGACUUGGCGCUCGCCGAGUGGAUGCUGUCGCAGUAUCUCGAGGGUGUCGACCAUUGGCGCGGGGUGCAGAUGCUGGCGGCGCUGCAGUGGAGCGACCCGCGGCUCGGCCGCGACGGGUCGGCCUCGCUGCCGGCGGCGCGGCAGACGCUGCGGGGCUGGAAGGUUCUGACGCCUCCGCGGGCGAGGCUGCCGCUCCCCGAGGAGUUGGUGGCGGCCUGGGAGGCGGCCGCUUGCGCGGUGCUGUCCAUGGUGUUCUACAUGAGGCCCUGGGAGUGGGGGCGGGUGCUGGUGCGCCACGCCGUCCCGCCGCGCGCGGCGGGCAGCCUGGCCCUGCGGCACUGGGCGCUGCUGCUGCGCCCGCGCGAGGGCGAGGGCGCGAAGGCCAGCAAAACCGCGGAGUUCGACGAGAGCAUGGUCCUCGACCUCGACUGCGACCAGUGGCUGGACUUCGUGAACCAGCUGCGGCCGCUCCGCGAGGUGAAGAGGAGGGGCCGGUGGAAGACCGACGCGUCGGUGCGACGCUACGAGAGGGGCGGGCGUCUCAGCGAGCAGUUCGCCCGCCUCCCAGGACCGCUCCAAAGGCGCGCCCUGCGGUGCCACAGCGUGCUCCCCGAGGUGCUCUUAGGGGGGCUCGCUGCCCCGCCGCUCCAGGCUUGCUGA